CAUAAACUAAACUAAUCAGCAAAUGCUUAUGAAGUUUUCAAAUGAAAUAAAAGACGUAAAUCUAACAGCUUGUGAUUGUAUUUCCUGCAACAGACACAUACAGAAGAAUGACUAAAUCCUAGUUAGAGUAUAAAAGUGAUGUAGUACAAUCUUAAUUUUGAUCUCGGCCUUGGCAUGAUUUAAGUAGAUCUAGAUCUCUAAAUGUAAAGUAUGUACAAAAUUACUAAAAUAUAUUGAUUCACGUUAUCAAGACAUUGACUAGACUAGACCUAGACUAGACUAGAUCUAGACUCAAAAUGUGUAUCACUAUCACUGUGGGAGAGACAGGCAGAAGAGUGAUGGGUUUGUCGACGACUGUUCUCAACAUUGUCCUGGUCUUUCUCAGCCUGACUUUAUUCAUUGCAGCUGUUGGCAUCAGGUACAAGCUGGACAAGAGGUUGGAGCUGAUGAACGGCUACGACUCUGGCGCACUUCCAUUCUACAUGAUGCUGACAGGGGGUCUCAUGUUUUUCUGUCACCUGGUGGCCAUCAAGUUCUGCUACGACGCCACUAACGUUGACACACGGUCCGACAAGCAUCACCUGUUUGUAGCGCUCAUUUUGGUGGUCAUGGCCAUGUUUCUGUUUAUCUUUAUCAACAUCAUCAUUAUCCUAGUGCAUGCUGGGAAAAUAAGAUCCUCUCUGGAAGAAGGCAUCGGGGGCUCUAUGAAGGCUUACAAAAGUGACCUGGCACGUAAAGUGACGAUGGAUAAUGUGCAGACCGAGUUUGAAUGCUGCGGCGUGCAGUCCUACAAGGAUUGGUUCCAGAUUGGCUGGGUCAAUUUGAUGUACAUCAACACGGAAAGUGAUGACGUCAAAAGGUACCUCAAAGGCGGAGAGUUCAUCAAGGACGAUGCACCCUUCAGCUGUUGCAGUCGAGACUCAAAAAGAGCGUGUGUCCACCAUUCGGUGCUUGACUUCAAGAUUCACAGGAACUACGAAGCUGUCAACCUGAACAACGUGGGUUGUGUGGAUGCAGUCAUGGCCUACUUUAAAGCUGUCUUGAUCGUGCCCACCGCACUCCUGCUUUUUGUCAUUCUUAUUCUAGAGGCUAUUGACAUCGUUGUUAUGCGCAUGCUGCAAACCUCCAUUUUUACUGCAGACGAGAUCAACGACCCUGAGGCGGCCACUGAAGCUUACUGUAUAAAGGGCCUAGGUGGAGGAGGGGAUGUCAGAGAACUCUUUAGAAGAAAAAAAGAUGACCAAGAUACAGAAAGAGCCAACCGAGAAAGAGAAGAACGAGAACUCUUGAUCAAAGCUGGCUACUUUGUUGGCAAGCAAGACAGACUAGCAGACGAGAAUGAAAGACAAACGAUGUUAAAAAAGGAAGACGCUGGAGAAAACUUGGGUCAAAAGGUCAAAAAUAAAAAAAAUAAACAGAUUGACAAAAUUGCAGUAGAACAGAAAGUCAGUCCAGAAAAAGCUGAUGGUAAAUCGCAAGAGAAACGUAGGUCGCUAACAGAGACAACCAAUGGGAAAGAAAGUCAACCAGUGAAAGACGACCACCAAUCUCAGGUGGGCUGGAAACAAUGGCUGGAAAAGAAAUGGGAGAAUAACGAAAGGAAAACUUGGUUUCAAAGAGAAGAAAGAAAACCAGCCACAGAGGAAAUACUGCCGAAAGAGCAACGUACGACAUUGAAGAAAGAGGAGAAGAAGAAGAAGGGGGAGGAGAAGGAGAAGAAAGAGAAGAAAGAAAAGAAGAAGGAGGAGAAGAAAGAGAAGAAUAAGGAGGAGAAAGAAAAGAAGGAGGAGAAUAAAGAGAAGAAGGAGGAGGAGAAAGAGAAGGAGGAGAAUAAAGAGAAGAAGGAGGAGAAUAAAGUGAAGAAGGAGGAGAAUAAAGAGAAGAAGGAGGAGAAUAAAGAGAAGAAGGAGGAGAAUAAAGAGAAGAAGGAGGAGAAUAAAGUGAAGAAAGAAAAGAAGAAGGAGGAGAAUAAAGAGAAGAAGGAGGAGAAUAAAGUGAAGAAAGAAAAGAAGAAGGAGGAGAAGAAAGAGAAGAAGGAGGAAAAAGAGAAGAAGGAGGAGAAAGAGAAGAAGGAAAAGAAGGAGAAGAAAGAGAAGAAGGAGGAGAAGAAAGAGAAGAAGGAAAAGAAGGAGAAGAAAGAGAAAAAGAAAGAGAAGAAGAAGGAGAAGAAAAAGAAGAAGGAGGAGAAGAGAGAGAAGACGAAGAAAGAAAAAGGUAAACGGAGGAAAGAGCAGCCUAAAAAGUGAGCUGAUUAUAUUUGGGACAAGAAACAAAAGACUUGGGGAAAGUGGAGAAGAAAGACAAGAAACAAAAGAAUGGAAAAAUAUUCAAAGGCAUUUUAAGAUCCGAAAUAAUGAGGAAAAACAAAGACAAUAGGAACGAAAAAAAACAACAAAUAAAUUGAUUAGAAUUAGCACUAGAUGAAAAAAACAUACAUUAAGUCGAGCUUCGAAACAUUUAAAACCUGAUCAUCUACAGUUUCUUGUAUCCUGUACAUUAUCAGAUGUACAUCACAUAAUGAAUUUAUAAAUAAAAAAAAAAGAACUAGACAAAGGCGUUGUCAGGCGUGGGUCAAUCUGUCUCGUACAAGGGCUUUUCCUUGGGCCACGAUCUUAUCUUUUCUUCUUAUCUUAUAUAAUACAGACGUUACUUCAAAAUAGAAGAUGAUUACGUCUUUCAGAGUAUUUUAUUAAAUUUUGU